AUGUUCCUCCCUUCGACUUUGACAAAAUGUUCCUCCCAUCGACGCUGCCAAAUUGGUCCUCGCUUCGACGUUGACAAAAUGGUCCUCGCUUCGAAGUUGCUAAAAUGGUCCUCGCUUGGACGAUGCCCAAAUGGUCCUUGCUUCGACGUUGCCAAAAUGUUCGUCCAUUCGACGUUUCCAAAUACUUCUUCGCUUCGACGUUGCCAAAAUUGUCCUUGCUUCGACGUUGCCAAAAUGUUCAUCCAUUCGACGUUGCCAAAAUUUUCAUCCCUUCGACGUUACUAA